UUGAUGUUCGAUAUUAUUAUUUACAAGUCUAAUUUUUUUUAUUAUUUAUUUAUCUAUUUAUUUUUCAAUUAAAAUGACAUUUUAAAAUUAAAAAAAAAACAAAUUUAGAAAUUUAAUAGCAGUUUUAAUAAUAAUAAAAAAAAUAAUUUGUUGACAAAACACAAUGGAUGUUGAACAAAAAAAAUCAAUAACAAAUUGUGAUGAUGAUGAUGAUGAUAACUCCAAUGAUUCAUCAAAAGUGAUGCCUGCUGUAUCACAGUCAGUCCAUGCCAAGAGUUUGUUACAACAAGAAAACUUUGAUAAAUCACAGUGUGGAAUACUACAAAGUAGAAUGCCGAAUAUCAAGGUCUUCAGUGGAUCAUCACAUCCAGAUCUUGCCCAAAGAAUUGUUGAUAGACUUGGCAUAGAAACUGGCAAAGUUGUCACUAAAAAAUUCAGCAAUCUUGAAACAUGUGUUGAAAUUGGAGAAUCAGUACGAGGAGAAGAUGUUUAUAUUGUACAGAGUGGAAGUGGUGAGGUCAAUGACAAUCUUAUGGAACUUCUUAUAAUGAUUAAUGCUUGUAAAAUAGCAUCAGCAUCACGUGUCACUGCUGUUAUACCAUGUUUUCCAUAUGCAAGACAAGACAAGAAGGACAAGGGUGGUGAUGGUAGUGACAAGCCUGUAUCAAAAACUGUAGUGAUCAAGUCGAACGAGUGGAAAUUCAGGGACUUUGUGCCCGACCUGACAACAAGUCGUGCACCAAUAUCAGCAAAAUUGGUUGCAAAUAUGCUGUCUGUUGCUGGUGCUGAUCAUAUUAUAACAAUGGAUUUACAUGCAAGUCAAAUACAAGGAUUUUUUGAUAUUCCUGUUGAUAAUUUAUUUGCCGAGCCAGCUGUUCUUAAAUGGAUCAAAGAAAAUAUUGCUGAAUGGAGAAAUAGUAUCAUUGUAUCACCUGAUGCUGGUGGUGCUAAACGAGUAACAUCAAUUGCUGAUCGUUUAAAUGUUGAAUUUGCUCUUAUUCAUAAAGAGAGAAAAAAGGCUAAUGAAGUUGCAAGUAUGGUACUUGUUGGUGAUGUUAAAGACAGAGUUGCUAUACUUGUUGAUGACAUGGCUGAUACAUGUGGUACUAUUUGUCAUGCUGCUGAAAAAUUACUUGAAGCUGGAGCAACAAAAGUAUAUGCAAUAUUAACACAUGGUAUAUUUAGUGGACCAGCUAUUAGCAGAAUAAAUAAUGCUUGUUUUGAAGCUGUUGUUGUUACAAAUACCAUCCCACAGGAUGGUCACAUGAAAGACUGUCAAAAAAUUCAAUGCAUUGAUGUCUCAAUGAUGUUUGCUGAAGCAGUAAGAAGAACUCACAAUGGUGAAUCCGUAUCGUACCUGUUUUCAAAUGUACCAUACUAAAAUCGAAACAAUUUACUUUAUCAAUUUUACGUUAUAACUAAAUUUAUAAUGACUUUAGAAAUUUAUCAUUUUUCCCCAAUAAAUAUUAAGCAUCAAUGCAAUUUAUAAAUAAAAAAAAAAUAUAUAUAAACUUUGCAUAAUAACAAACGACAAUAGAAAAUACUUAAAAGAUCGAAAUAAUUACUAUUUUUUUUUUCUCUUUAAAAUCAAUUGUGUUCCUUUCUAGACUAAGAUAUUGCAAAAUGUAAAAAAAAAAAAAAAACAACAAAUUCAAUUGGUAUAAAGAUCUGAUUAUUGUUUUUCUAACUCAGGAUAAUUAUUGAUGAAAAAAAACUGAUAAAUUGUAUAGUGCCACAAUAAUUCACCUACGUAAAGCUACUUGAAAUAAUAUUUUUUUUUUUUUUCUUUUAUUUUAAUUGAGUACUGUAUUUGAAAAUAAAUAAUAGGCAAAUAAUAAAAUCGUGAUUGAGUGAGACUCGUGAUGUGUGACAAGUAGCAAAUAAUUAAAAACAAAAAAAAAAAAAAAAACUUGUAGAA